CGCCCGGCUUCAAAAGCUCCUCCACCAAAGUCGCCAAUUACACUCGAACCCUCCUUCUGGCGGAGUCCACCGUCGGUCCCCCUCGUCUCUCCCAUCGGCGACCAGAGGCUACAGGCGGCACUGGCAGCAUCUGUCGACGGUGGAAGGCUCCUGAAACAUCCGCAUUAAUCUCAAAAGCUCAGAUGAGGUGGUUGAAGAAAUGGCUUGCAUCUCCCAUCAAGUUUACCGGUGGGAUCGCUCCUUUUGGCUCGUUAACCGACCGGGCUCGUCAGGAAAUAAUGAACGGGAAGCUGCAUCACACAAGAUACAGUGUUACUGCACUCUUACAGCAGUUUGGCUCAGGAAGUGCAAAUGUGCUGGGGAAUGCAUCCAACUCACAGGUCGACAUUAAAAGACCACAAACUGUGCUGCAUGGUCGCCUAAUUGGCUGUCGAGGGUUUUCAGAUUCUGCUGGCAAAAAACGAACUCUAAGCAGGGAUUGGUUAGCACGACUUUGGGUUGAAGAGAAACGAAACAUGGAAGUAAGAAGAAGGGGAAUUAGAAAGAGGCAGCCUGCUCCACGCGUUCAAGAUAGGGAUUCUGGUAUCAAGGAAACCAUGCAACAACCGCCGAUCAGUCAAUAUGAUGGUGAUCUCUUGCCCCCUGGUUCUCCUGAAGAGGUCAGACUUGCUCCUCUUCUUUCCAGAGCCAAUUUGCUUAUUACCAGAGACAUAGAGUGGGCAAAUAUUAUGUUUGCUUUUGAACAGGAGAACCGCUAUGUGAUAGUGGAUGUUUGUUAUCCCCAAUUACCUGUGGGUUUCAUUCGGGAGAGUAGUAAUGUUAUCUUUAGGCAGCUACUCCGUGGAAGACGUCCAUUUGUUGCUUAUAUAUUUGAUGCCAUGGGCAAUGAAAUAUUUAGAGUUCGCAGGCCAUUUUGGUGGAUAAAUAGCACAAUAUAUGCAGAAAUAGAUGGUAAGGAAGUGGGUGUUGUCCAUAGACGUUGGCAUCUUUGGCGGAGAAUCUAUGAUUUAUACUUGCGAAACAAACAAUUUGCCGUGGUUGAAAAUCCUGGCUUCUGGAAUUGGACAUUUACUUUAAAGGAUGAAGAUGACAAUGUACUGGCUCAAAUUGAUCGUGAUUGGAGGGGUAUUGGUUUUGAGCUCUUCACCGAUGCUGGUCAAUAUGUGAUUCGAUUUGGGGACUCUAAUUCACUUCCUAUAACUGAGCCUGCUUCAGGGAUUCAAGAGUUAGAAGUUGCUCGCCCACUAACUCUUUCUGAAAGAGCGGUGGCUGUCGCUCUUGCUGUUUCUCUGGAUAACGACUAUUUCUCCAGGAGUAGAGGCUGGGGACUUCCGAUUCUCGUUGCCGGUGAAUAGGAAAUCUAAAGGCCUUCUGAGAUUGCUUUGGUAUUAUUGUUCCAAGUGGUGACUUUGCUCUCCUGUGGUGUGGACCCUCUUAUCUCGUCUAACCCACAUUUUCUUUGAAAAAAGAAUAGGUGCAUCUUUGGAGAUCUCCGAUAUUAAGAAAACUCAGACAUCAUGUUCUUGAUGAUAUAUAUAUAUAUAUAUAUAUUUCCUUUUAUACUUUCAUACGCUGGUAUCUUCUACCCUCUUGUGGAGAACUCCAUCCACCAAAUUAGUAUAAGCCAGUGAUCAAGUUAAAGUUGGAUAAAAAAGAAUGGUUUUCUUCCUGAUACUAUUGAAGAGUGAUCUCCAUUAACGUUGUGGUUUAGCAGAUAUCA